AUGGCUUACAUUCCUUCUCUCUCUGCCGCUCUCGCAUUCAUUAUUCUCGCAACUUCUGUCCAAGCUGCUUCCAAGACUUGUACAGCCAAGUCAGGCACCUCUGACGAUGCUGUCAGCAUUGCUGAAGCUUUCAAUUCCUGUAAAAGCGGCGGCACCGUCGUUUUCACCAAAGGCGCUACUUAUAAUCUCAAGACGUUGAUCAAUAUCUCUGGUCUCAAGGAUGUCAAUGUUCAAUUCUAUGGUAAAGUUAACUUGCCUGCUCUCAACACCAAAUAUGAAGGUGCCACUGCUUUUUUCAAGAUUGCCGGUGAUAACAUUCAUUGGGAUGGUGCUGGUAUUGGUGAAUUUGUUGGUGGCGGUCAAAAAUGGUGGGAUGUCAAGAACAACAAGGCUCCCACCGUCUUUAGAAUGACUGCAACGCACUCUGUUUUCAGAGAUUUCAAGAUUACUGCUGCUCCUCGUGCCCACAUGGCUUUGACCAGCUCUGAUGAUGUCGUUCUUGAAAAAGUCGUCCUAUAUACCAAGUCUUCAAACAGCAACCUCCCCAAGAACACCGAUGCUCUCGACAUUUCUUCUUCCAAGAACUUAAUCUUUAGAGAUUCUGAUCUCACUGUUGGUGAUGAUUGUACCGCCAUCAAUGGUGGUGUAUCCAACGUUACUUUAUCCAACAUUCACUGUGUCGGUGGCCAUGGCUUCAGUGUUGGCUCUCUCGGUAAGGGUGGCUCUACUGAAACUGUCAAGCAAAUCAGAGUUACUGGCAGCACUUGUACCAAUUGCCAAAACGGUAUCCGUAUCAAGACCUGGAGUGGGGGAAAGGGUAGCGUCUCUGAUGUUCGUUUCGAGCAUGUCAAGCUCAACAAGGUCGAGAAUCCCAUCAUCAUUGACGAAUACUACUGUGAUAACAACCAAAAGUCUUACUGCCAAAAGAACUCUGACAAGUCUUUGACCAUCAGCAAUGUUGUCAUCAAUGACAUUACUGGCUCUGUCUCUGAAAAGAAGAACCCUAUCAUGAGUAUCAACUGCGCUCCUGGUACUCCUUGUUCUGGUUUCUCUGUCAGCAAUGUCAACAUCUCAAAGAGCUCCAAGACUACCAAGAAUGUGUGCAACAACCUGAAGGGAUCUGACAAGAUUUCUUAUUGUAAGCAAUAG